ACACAUAUCAAACACUUCUGCAAGUGCAAGUGCAAGUGCAAGCACCACUCUUGCAUUUCAAAACUUCCCAGCAAAACAAAACUGUCCUCCACACAACAAAAUAACUUCAAAGAUGACAAAACAGACUGUCUUCUCCCUCUCAAUUUUACUCGUAUUUUUCUUCCAUUGCAUCACAACUUUAGGCCAGCCAGCUGCAGCUCCGGCCCAGCCAGCAAAUGCUCCAGUCCAGCCUGCGAAUGCUCCAGUACAGCCUGCCACUCCGCCAGUAGUUCAGCCUGCCAAGGCCCCAGCCCCAGUCCAGUCUGCCAAGGUCCCACCCAUAAAAAAAGGUGUCCCUGAUGUAACCAAAAUCCUUGGAAAGGCCGGUGGGUUCUCAGUCUUUAUCCGCCUCUUAAAAAGUACCGGAGUGUCUGACCAAUUAUACGGCCAGCUUAACACUUCAAAUAAUGGGUUUACUAUCUUUGCUCCUACUGAUGCUGCAUUUUCGAGCCUCAAAGCAGGCACUAUAAACUCAUUGUCCGACCUACAAAAGACCCAACUAGUACAAUUUCACAUAUUAAACACAGUUGUUACUCUGUCAAAUUUCCAAACUCUGAGCAAUCCUGUGCCCACAGAGGCUGGAGAUACCAGUGCCGGUGAGUUCCCACUAACCGUGACCACUGCUGGCAACCAAGUGAACAUCUCUACUAUUCUUGUUAAUACCACGUUGGGUGGAACUGUGUAUUCGGAUAACCAGCUUGAUAUAUAUCAAGUGGAUCAAGUGCUUCUUCCUAUUGACAUUUUUAGUCCUAAGCCUAAGAAUAAGGCACCAGCCUCGGCACCAACAUUGUCAAAGCCUAAGAGUACGGACAAUGAUGAUGAUGCUGAUGCAGAUACAGAUACUCCGUCUGUUGCUGCGAAAGUGAAUGCGUCUGGUGCAGUGAGUCUCAACAGGCAUGGAAUAUUGGUGUCCAUUGGAGUUGCUGUGAUUGCAUCAUUGUCACGAAGGGACUUGAUGGCAUAAAUAUACAUGUUGGAUUUUGAUAAGUGGUUCCAAUUGUUUAGGGCCUAUGAUUUUCUUGAGUUCGGGUGAGCCGUCGUAAUUAACACCGAGUGCUUUCAAAUAAUUGCCAUUUCUCCCUAUCCAAUCUGUACCAUUCAAAUUUGUGAUGAGAACUAAUGAUGCUAAGGCUCUAGCUUUGUUUUAUUUUAUUUAAUUAUUGUUCCUUUUA